ACUAAUGUUGAUGCGGAUUUACGGAGUUCAUUGGUAGAGGCUAUUGGUUAUGGAUUACUAUACUGGCCCCUCAUACCUUUUAUUCAGCUAUUUUAUAUUAUAUUAUUUAAUUGGUCUAUCGCUUGGGACGGAACUGAGCUUUGUGACUUGCGGAUCGGUUGUUAAGUUGUUGAAUGUAAAGCAUAAUGUCAGACUGCACUCUCACGACGUGCGUUACGGCUCUGGUAGUGGACAGCAGUCUGUGACUGGGGUGACGACAGUAGAGGACAGUAACAGCUACUGGAGUGUACGGGGCACCAGCGGAGCCCUGUGUCACAGAGGGACUCCCAUUAAGUGUGGUCAGACCAUCCGCCUCACCCAUGUCAACACUGGACGUAACCUGCACAGCCAUUACUUUGCCUCACCGUUGUCCUCCAACCAGGAAGUGAGUGCGUUCGGCGAGGAGGGAGAAGGGGACCACCUGGACGAGUGGACUGUGCAGUGCGGAGGGGCGGUGUGGGAGCGCGAGGAGGCUGUCCGUUUCCGGCACGCCUCCACUGAUGCCUUGCUGUCGGUCACGGGGGAGCAGUACGGCCGCCCCAUCCAUGGGCAGAGGGAGGUGCACGCCAUGACGGGCCCCAGUCAGCAUAGCCUGUGGAGAGCCAUGGAGGGCGUCUAUAUGAAGCCUGGCGAGAGUCCACUGGGCAACCGGGAAUAUAGCCAUCCUUUGCACACAGAGUUCUGAUUCUCCAUAUUACUGAAUCAGAUGUGGACUGUUACCUGACCCAGCUGGGGCUGAGCUGAGGUACCAUAUUCUCCCCUGCUCUUUCUAUUUCUCUCUCCGUCUCUUUCUCUCCACCCAGAGUCAAAACCUUCCUUAAUCUGCACGGUUGGGUGAAAUUUGAAUCAGAAGUUGUCGAUUUUGGUAGAAAACUGAAUGGAAAUACAGAUAAAAAAGUUGCUAUUAAGAUUUCCUUUUUUUCUGUUAUUGAUGUGAGAGGGUGUUUACUACCUGAAUUGACUAACUUCCAAGGGGAAGGAGCACCAACCUUACCAUUUAGGCAUUCCCAGGUCCUGUUUAAUGUUUCCAAUCCCUGACCUCUUUGCCUCCUUUUUUUUGCCCACAUAUAGAAUCAGCAUGCCCUCUUGAAAUCCUGGCUUAAUCAUUUCGGGGGAAAUGCUAACCCUAAACCCUAACUGAUCUGGGACCAGUGUCUUGGGCCAACAUCAGCCCAACCUCUAGUUUACCCAUCUCUAUUCUUGUCUGCUUACGAAUACUGUAUCUUAAUUUGAAUCAGCUUGCUACUGCACUAAAUAAUGUAGCAGCAGGAAAUAAUGGUAUUAAGAUUG